AUGGCCGGCGAGCCCCAGAAGAAGCAGCGCUUGUCGGCCUUGGUGGGGCACACCAACGGCCUCACGAAGCCCACCUCCUUGGCCGCCGCCGGGGGGAGAAGUGGGGCGGCCGGCGGCGCUGCUCCUGCUGCUGGAGGCGCCGCUUCCAAGAAAUUAGUGAUCAAGAAUUUCAGAGAGAGACCAGCAUUGCCUGACAACUACACUCAGAACACUUGGAAGAAGCUUCAUGAAGCAGUCAGAGCCAUUCAGAGUAGCACAUCCAUUAAAUAUAAUCUUGAAGAGCUCUACCAAGCUGUAGAAAACGUCUGUUCUUACAACGCAUCACCUACACUGUACAAACAACUGCGACAAGUCUGUGAAGAUCAUGUGAAAGCACAAAUACUGCAGUUUAGAGAAGAUUCUCUUGACAGUCUCUUAUUUUUAAAGAAAAUAAACAAGUGCUGGCAAGAUCACUGCAGACAAAUGAUCAUGAUUAGAAGCAUUUUUUUGUUUUUGGAUCGUACUUAUGUUCUCCAGAAUUCAAUGCUACCUUCUAUAUGGGAUAUGGGGCUAGAACUUUUUAGAAACCACGUUAUUAGAGACAAACUAGUCCAAAGUAGAACUAUUGAUGGAAUCCUACUGUUGAUUGGACAAGAACGAAAUGGUGAAGCUGUGGAUAGAAGCUUGUUACGAAGUUUGUUAAGCAUGCUGUCUGAUCUACAAGUUUACAAGGACUCAUUUGAACAAAAGUUUUUAGAAGAUACAAACCAUUUAUAUACUGCAGAAGGCCAAAGGUUAAUGCAAGAAAGAGAGGUCUCAGAAUAUCUUCACCAUGUUAACAAACGUUUAGAAGAAGAAGCAGAUAGAGUAGUAACAUACUUAGACUACAGCACACAGAAGCCACUCAUUGCUUGUGUGGAGAGGCAGCUGUUAGGAGAACACUUAACAGCUAUUUUGCAAAAAGGACUUGAUAAUCUGCUUAAUGAAAACAGAAUAGCAGAUCUCACUCAGCUGUGCCAGCUUUUCAGCCGGGUGAAAGGUGGACAACUCCUCCUCCUGCAUAGCUGGGGUGGAUAUAUAAAGAACUUUGGAACAUCACUUGUGAUAAAUCCUGAAAAGGACAAGGAUAUGGUACAAGAGCUGCUAGAUUUUAAGCAUAAAAUGGAUCAUAUCAUAGAAGUAUGUUUUCAGAAAAAUGAGAAAUGCAUAAACUUGAUGAAGGAAUCAUUUGAAACAUUUAUCAACAAGAGACCAAAUAAACCAGCAGAACUGAUAGCAAAACACAUAGAUUCAAAGCUAAGAGCUGGCAAUAAAGAAGCAACGGAUGAAGAACUGGAAAGAAUCCUGGACAAAAUUAUGAUAAUAUUCAGAUUUAUUCAUGGUAAAGAUGUUUUUGAAGCAUUUUAUAAAAAAGAUUUGGCCAAAAGACUUCUGGUUGGGAAAAGUGCGUCAGUAGAUGCUGAGAAAUCAAUGUUGUCUAAGCUUAAGCAUGAAUGUGGUGCUGCUUUCACCAGUAAACUGGAAGGAAUGUUCAAGGAUAUGGAACUUUCAAAGGACAUCAUGGUUCAGUUUAAACAGUACAUGCAGAAUCAAAGUGACCCAGGCAAUAUAGAUUUAACAGUAAACAUACUUACUAUGGGGUACUGGCCAACUUACACACCUAUGGAUGUCCUUUUACCUCCAGAGGUGGUUAAACUCCAAGAAGUCUUUAAGACAUUUUAUCUUGGAAAGCACAGUGGUCGAAAACUCCAGUGGCAAUCUAGUUUAGGACAUGCUGUCCUGAAAGCAGAGUUUAAAGAGGGGAAGAAGGAAUUCCAGGUAUCACUCUUCCAAACGUUAGUGCUUUUAAUGUUCAAUGAAGGAGAUGAAUUUGGUUUUGAAGAAAUUAAAAUGGCCACUGGUAUAGAGGACAGUGAACUGAGAAGAACUUUACAGUCUCUGGCCUGUGGUAAAGUACGAGUAUUGAAUAAAAGUCCAAGAGGCAAGGACAUAGAAGACGUGGACAAAUUCACCUUCAUUGGUGAUUUCAAGCACAAAUUGUUCAGAAUAAAAAUCAAUCAAAUCCAGAUGAAAGAAACAGUUGAGGAACAAGUCAGCACAACUGAAAGGGUGUUUCAAGACCGGCAGUAUCAGAUUGAUGCUGCUAUAGUACGAAUAAUGAAGAUGAGGAAGACACUUGGUCACAAUCUUCUUGUUUCAGAGUUGUAUAAUCAGCUAAAAUUUCCAGUGAAGCCUGGAGACCUGAAAAAGCGGGUUGAAUCUCUCAUAGACAGAGACUAUAUGGAGAGAGACAAAGAUAAUCCUAAUCAGUACCACUAUGUUGCAUGAAGAAGAAGAGGGACUGUUUUUAUAAAACAAAAGAACACUAGCUUCCCAGUAAUGGAUACCUGUGCUGUUCCUGGACUUUACUUUUAGCAGAUCUGGGGAUUUUGUUUGUCUAGUCAAUCAGUUGUAUGCAAGGCUGAUACUUGAAACCUCCUUGCCUAGAGCUCAUGGUAGCAUUCAGCUAUUUUUAGACCUGCCUCUUGAUUUUUUUAAAAGAUAUUUAAUUUGGGGGGAGGGAGAUGAGUUGGAGUAAAUAUUAACAUUCUCUGUAUGAAGUAAUUUUUCAGCCCAUAUACAUUUGGGUGGCUUAACGUGUGUUAUUGAUUGACUGUUUAUGCUACCUUCUUUAGUUUAAAGGAUUAUUUGAUUUCUGUUUAAAACUUCACUGAAGCACGUCAUUUGUCUCAGAGUACACUGAAUUUUUAAGUAUGC